AUGCAACUCGACCAAAAGCGGAAGCCUCGGACCUCCCAAAGGACUGCACAACUCGAAAGCAAGGACGUGCUGCUAGAGCCGGGUAAGACUGUUGAAAGGGGCAGCGGAUAUGAGCACGUUAAGCUCGAAUCUUUUGGCCUUUUUGAGUCAAGAGCUUCUGUGCGGAACAUUAGAGGUGACGCAGUUUCCGAAGGCCCCAUUCUGCCGUCCGAGUACUGCCAGCAACGCCUCGACGCCUUAUACGAGCGCGUCUCUGCCUGCCGCGAGGAGUUCAUCGGCUAUCCGCUCAACCUCGACUUCGACUACAGCGAAGUCCUCGCCCCUUUCCUGCGCUUCUCUCUAAAUAACGUCGGCGAUCCGUAUCAGCGCGUGCCCACCAACCUAAGUGCGCUGCAAACUCACGACUUCGAGCGCGAGGUUCUGGAGAUCUUCUGCGGGCUGACGGGGGGAUCCCCCGCUGACGUGUCGGGGUACGUCACUAACGGGGGCACCGAGGGCAACAUGUAUGGGCUGUACUUGGCGCGCGAGGUGCUGCCACGUGGCAUCGUCUACUUCUCCGACGCGUGUCAUUACAGUGUCUUCAAAAUCUUGCGGGUACUCCAGAUGAGGAGUGUGCGGAUCCGGACCGACGGGCGGGGCGAGAUGGACUACAACCACCUGCGAGAAACCUUACAGGCCAAUCGCGACUUGCCGGCCAUUGUCUUCGCCAACAUCGGCUCCACCAUGACGGGCGCCAUCGACAGCCUGCCGCGCAUCAAAGCCGCCGUCUCCGAGGCGGCCACAUGCCGCUCGUACAUUCACUGCGACGCGGCGCUGAGCGGCUUCGUGCUGCCCUUCGCCCCCAAUCCGCAGCCCUUUGGCUUUUCAGACGGCGCCGAUAGCAUAUCCGUUAGCGGCCACAAGCUUAUCGGUUCGCCGAUCCCCUGCGGCGUGGUCCUCGCACGGCGCUGCCACGUGGAGGGCAUUGGCAGCAACAUUGAGUAUGUGGGCGCGCUAGACACGACGCUCUCGGGCUCGCGCAACGGUCUCACCCCGCUAGUGCUGUGGUACGCUUUUCGCAGUCGGGGCAUUCGAACGGUCCGGGACAUGGUGCGCAGGGCCCUCGACGUGGCGGCAUAUGCCACGGAGCAACUGCGCGCGGCGGGCGUCGACGCGUGGCGGCACGAGAACUCACUCAUUGUCGUCUUUCCCCGCCCCUCGGAGUGCCUUGUCAAGCGCUGGCACCUCGCUGCCCAAGCAGACAUCGCGCAUCUAGUUACGAUGCCGCACGUCAGCCGGAAUCAGGGUUGA